CCCUAUGGAAGAAAGCUGUGGUAAAAUAAAUGUAAGACCUUUCAGAUUUCGCUUCUAGGUUUUAUGAGGAUUGUGACGUGUUGAUUAUUUUAAUCUAUGGGGAGGAUUUAAUUUGUCUGUGUCCAUUCCAGUCCUAGGCGGAAAUGCAGCUUUAAAGUAAUUGCCAACCGCCUGCAAAAUUCCAAAUGAGUCGAAGUUUUUCAUGUUGGAGCACGUUGUUUGUGUUUCGUGAAAUUCGAACAUAAAUCAAAAUCGCUGAAAUGAAUGGGUCCUGCUUUUCGUAUGAGGCAAGAAAGCGCCUUAGGCUUUGAGGUUUGUUACAAACUCUAAAUCUCUGACCCAUCACUGUGCCCUAUAUGCGAGAGUGGGCUGGCCAUCACUAGCGCUACGUAGAUUAUCCCAUUGCAGAGGGAGGACAAACCCAGCCUGCUGCUCUCCUUCCACACUGAGAUCAAACAAGAGCCACUGGAUUCUGGUUGUGACAGCGGAGCUCAGUGUUCAUUGGUGGAUUCAGAGAUGACGUCAGUGAAGAAGGAAGACUGCAGUCAAACACUGAAACUGAAUGUUAUGAAAAAUGAAGAGAAUGGGGAUUCAAUUAAAAAUGAAGAGAUUCAUGAGGUGAAGGCAUUUCCUACAUCUGGAGGGAAACAACUAGAAGACUGCGAAGCUAAGGGAUUAUUCCACUGCCCCCAAUGUGAUUUUGUUUUCUUAUCAGUAUCAAACUUCAAAAGACACCUUAACAUACAUGGAGAGAGGCCUUACUCCUGUUCUGAAUGUGGGAAGUGUUUCAUUACAUCAUCUAACCUCACUAGACAUCAGAAAGUGCACACCGGAGAGAAACUAUUCUCCUGUUCUGACUGUGGAAAGAGUUUCUCUCAUUUCAGUAACCUCAAACAUCACCAGAAGAUACAUACUGGAGAAAAACCUUACUCCUGUUCUGACUGUGGAAGAUGUUUUACAACAACAGCUGACCUCACUAUUCAUCAGAGAGUACACACAGGAGAGAAGCCAUUUUCAUGUACUGUCUGUUGUAAGAGUUUUUCUCAGUUAGUUAGCCUCAAAGUUCACCAGCGCACACAUACAGGAGAGAAACCUUAUUCCUGUUCUGACUGUGGAAAUUAUUUUUCUCAGCUAAGUAGCCUUAAUGUUCACCAGCGCAUCCAUACUGGAGUAAAACCAUACUCUUGUACUGAUUGUGGGAAAUGUUUAAUUUCAUCAUCAGCUCUAAUUAUUCAUCAGAGAAUACACACAGGGGAAAGACCUUAUUCCUGCUUUGACUGUGGGAAACGUUUCAUUACAUCAUCCGAUCGUACUAGUCACCAGAGAGUGCACACAGGUCAUAAGCCUUACUCCUGUUCUGACUGUGAGAAGGGUUUCUCUCAGUUUAGUCACCUCAAACUUCACCAGCGCACACACACUGGCGAGAAGCCUUACCUUUGUUUUGACUGUGGGAAAGCUUUCUCUCAAUUGAACAGCCUCAAACUUCACCAGCGUAUACAUAAAGGAGAGAAAUCUUAUGCCUGUUCUGUCUGUGGAAUUAUUUUUAUUACAUCAUCAGAUCUCACUAGUCACCAGAGAGUGCACACAGGUGAGAAACCAUACUCCUGUUCUGACUGUGGGAAAAGUUUCUCUCAGUUAAGUAACCUUAAACGUCAUCAGCGGAUACAUACUGGAGAUAAAUCUUUCCCCUGUUCUGACUGUGGGAAGAGUUUCAUUACAUCUUCUGAUCUUACCAGUCACAGGAGAGUUCACACAGGUGAGAAGCCUUAUCUCUGUUCUAACUGUGGGAAGUGCUUCUCUCAGUUAAGUAACCUCAAACGACACCAGCUGAUACACUAACAAUGAAUCAGGAUGCACAGAUUCCUGUCUCCUGAUGACUGUGAGAAGUUUUGCUCUCCAUAAAAUAACUUCUAACUUGCAACUACUGUAGAGAAACAUUUAAUCAGAUUCCAGAGGUCAAACCUCCACAGACAACACCUCUUACCGAACUAAUAGAGUCUAGGGUUGUGUGAAGUUAGAGAAAAGUAUUUUAGUUGACAAAUGUACUUAUGUCAAAGUUUACCUUGUAGUUUUCUAGCUUGUAUUAUCAAAUUAUGUAGUUUAAAUGAGACUAUCUAUUAUUUGCUGAGUUGCAGCUUUGAUAAACAUUGUUUUCUGUAUUUGUAUUGUAGUGUUUUGGAAUGUAUUGUAUAUGUUUCUUGAGUUGCAUGUAGAUGCUGAUUACUUUGUGUUCAUUGUUUAUUUGUAUCCCCAUUAGUUCCUGUCAGGGACUAGCCUCUUGCCUUGUUUCUCUCACAUGGUUUUUAAA